AUGUUCCUGUACUCCCUGUCAGGUCGCUUUGAUACAGCAGCCCAGCACAUCCUCAAGCUCAUCGCGGACGAUGCAGGGACUCUGCAGGAGCAGGGCAAAGAACAGUCAAGGUCAUCAAGUCAAUGGAUCGGAAAGUGCAAAGGCAACUCGAAUCAGUUGGGUUCAGAGUCCAGCUGCGCUUCUGCACUGCCGGAGCCCGAGCGGGUGAGCCUCCGCUGCUUCGCGGAGGGCUGUCCUUCGGCGGACCAGGUGGCAGAGGAGGUGCUGGGCUGGCAGCGCCUUCAAAUCUCACUGCCAGGUUGGUAUGCAGCUUGCUACUGCCAAGUGGCGAAUGCAACGGCGGGUUGCGAGGACGGCUCCUGGCAGCUCUUGGGCUGGCAGCUGGCAGCAGGUGUCGCGACGCUGACCGCCGGAAGCAGUGGCGCGAGCCCCGUCGUGUACCGCGGUGGCCACUUCCUGCUGUCCCUGCGCGGUAACGCGCAGUUGAUUCCGGAGUAUCUUUCGUAG